CAACACUAGCAGCUGAGCUGAGAUCGUCCUUCUGUAGACUCUAUAAUAUGGAAGGAGAAGCUGAGGUCCCGGGGCGGUUUAUGUCAUCCACUAGACCUCGCCCCCCACCAGGAGAGGCCUGUAAUAUGCCCCCUUCCUUUCCAGGAGUCUAGACUCUCCUGGUGCCACGGGAGGGAGAAUAAUGGGGAGCUUACAUGCAGGCCUCCGAUCCUGUGAGAGUUCUUUUUAGUGAUCACCUCUGCACAAGUCAGCGGUAUAAAAUCCUGGCCAAGAAGGGGUAGGUUGGUAUAGGGGUGGAGCUAAGUUUCAAAGCCUCAGACCCUAGAUUGAGGACUUGACACAGGCGGUUUGUAAGUCCCAUGGGAACAAGAACAAGUGGCAUAAAUGAGUCAGUAUAGGAGUGGUGGCAGCCUUCAGGAGGAAGCCUCCUUAGAGCAACGCCCAAGGUCCUCAGCCCCUUUCUACAACAGAAGUCCCUCUGGGUUUGAGUUACAGCAAAGCGGAGACAGCCACAGCUUUCAGCCAUAUCAGGGCCUGGCUCCUGAGGAUCCAGCAUCCUAAAGGUGUCUGUCUACCAAGAAGGGAGCUUUGGGCCGUCAUCCAGGAUGAGGUGUUGAUGAUCCAGGAGGCCAAGAGGGAAUGCCGGGGGACAUGGUACCUCCCUGCAGGAAGAAUGGAACCAGGAGAAACCAUCGUGGAGGCCAUGCAGCGGGAGGUGAAAGAGGAGGCGGGGCUGCUCUGUGAGCCAGUGACACUGCUGUCUGUGGAGGAGAGGGGUGCCUCCUGGAUCCGCUUUGUGUUCCUCGCUCGACCAACAGGCGGAGUUCUCAAGACUUCCAAAGAUGCUGAUUCUGAGUCCCUUCAGGCCGGCUGGUACCCACGGGUCUCCCUGCCCACACCGCUUAGAGCCCAUGAUGUUCUGCACCUGGUAGAGCUAGGCGCCAAAUUCUGCCAACAAGCCAUGCACCCGCUCAUUCUGCCUCAAGAGCUUCCCUGCAGUGUGGUCUGCCAACGGCUGGUGACCACCUUCACAACAGUCCAGUCGGUGUGGGUGUUGGUGGGCACGGUGGGGACACCUCACUUGCCCAUCACUGCCUGUGGCUUUACCCCUAUGGAACAAAGGGGUGGCAUCAAGGUGGCCAUCUUGCGGCUCCUACAGGAGUGUCUGACUCUGCACAGUUUGGCAGUGGAGACCAAGGGGUUGCUUGGGUUGCAACACUUAGGCAGAGACCAUGUGGACGGUGUCUGCCUGAAUGUGCUGGUAACAGUGGCUUUUCGGAACCCAGGAAUCCAAGACGAGCCCCCAAAGAUUCGGGGUGAAAACUACUUUUGGUGGAAGGUAUUAGAGGAAGAUUUACAAAAACUGCUUCUGUACAAACUCCAGGAAUCUUCUGUGAUCCCCCUGAGCAGAUAGAGAGAUUCCAGCAGGGACCAAAAGCUGAGCUGCCCCCUCCCUCUGAGGCAGAGAAAAGGCUGGCAGUCAGGGAUCUCAUUGCACAUUUUGAGGGGGCAGGGACCACACAUGGAGCCCAAAGGGAGGGUACCUGGAAUCCACCCUUUCAAGGGCUCCGUUCUGAGGGCACACAGUACUUGAACCCUACAUGGCACCAUCUUCUUUGUCCACUUUGGAAAAGGCUGCAUGUCAAUCCUUCCAACCCCAUAGGAAUGUAGAGAGGGGUGGGACGUGGGGGACGCAUCCCUCAGGGCAGAGUCCUCAUUGCUGAGUAAAAAGGUAUUACUUAA